AUGGUAUACACAACUACUGUCAGACCAUUUGCCUCUUUCAUCGCAGUAGAAGAGCCCGAAUGUCUUACCAAAGGAUCAGCUUUACAAGUUACCCCCCAUUGCGUCGAUCCCUUAUACAAUGGGGUCAUUAUCGACCAAGAAGUAGAUGUCGAGCUUCCAAUCCCCCAUCGCAGAAUCUCUGGUUAUUUUGAUGGCACAAGUAUCGAUUUCAACAUCUAUCUUCCCAAGACGAACUUCCAGGGCCGAUUCUUCCAAUUAGUGUUUCCUACCCAGAACUCGACCGCCUCGGACCGCACAAUCGGCUUUGGUGCUGAUAGCGGGGGAUAUACAAACCAUGUCAAAGGAGGUGGCGGGUACCGUGCUGAUGCGGCCGUCGCAAAACUGUCGAGACGCAUUGCUGCUGAUCACUACGACUACAAGGACAAGAUCUAUGGUUAUGUGUAUGGUGGAAGUGGCGGUUCUUUCGUUACUGUUGGUGCCAUCGAGAACACAUUUGAUGUCUGGCAGGGUGCUGUUCCCUUAGUCCAGGCUGUUCCCGUGUCGAAUCCGAACAACUUCUGUAUCCGAGCUUUUAGCCAGGUUGCUUUGGACUCUGUCGCAGGAUUUAUUAUUGAUUCAGUUCGCCCAGGUGGAAGCGGCGAUCCAUUCUCUGUGUUGGACCCAAUGAGGAGGGAUGUACUGCAGGAAGUUACACGUCUUGGGAUCCCACUCAGGAGCUGGGAGGACUUUGAUGGGGUUGUCCUUAACAGAAGUCAGCUAUGGGCAACGAUGCGAAAGAUGACGGUUCCUCUUAUCCGGUCAUUCGACCCUACAUACUCCAGCGACUUUUGGACUAAACCUGGAUACCUUGGAAUGGAAAAGUCGGACCUUGGCGACUUUUGGAGAAGCUCAGUCUACGAGCUCAAUGCAACAGUUGAAGAAGUGAUAGCUGAAUCGAAUGGAGUGCCAGCUAGCUUUGCACUUAACAGAGUUACCGGUACACCUCCGCCUCAUGGCCUUGCUUUUGAGAUCAUAUCCGCGUCAAACAACAAAAGCCUCGGACAAUUCACAGCCACUCUUGACGGACCUUCAAAAAUUGCAACAAUUCAUCCAGAGAAUAAUGCGGCCAUUGUCAAAUUAAUUUCGGAAGGAACUCUGCUCAGGAUUGACAAUCGGGCAACCCUAGCAGCGUCUUCGUACCACAGACAUCAGAUACCAACCGAAGACGGAUUUUAUUCCUGGGACUACUUGCUGAAAUCAGAUGGUUCGCCAAAAUAUCCUCAACGCCCAGUUUAUACCGCAGGAAGGUUGUCACGGGGAGCUAGCGGCGGCGGCACCCAUACCGGCAAUACAACAGGCAAGGUGAUUGUCUUGGAUACUCUUCUGGAUUAUGACGCUUUUCCGUGGCAUGCAGAUUGGUACAGAAACAAGGUAAAGAAAUCGCUGGGUAACCGAUUUGGCGAUGAGUACAGACUUUAUUUUGCCGAUAACGCCGAUCACCAGAUGGGCGAGGUGCCGAAAUCCUUGACAAAUCGACUUGUUGACUUUACUGGGAUUUACGAACAGCACCUCAGAGAUCUCAGUGCAUGGGUUGAAAGUGGCAAGGAGCCUGUGGCACAAACAGUCUACUCUGUCAAAGAUGGCCAAGUUCUGAUCCCCAAGACAGCGGCGGAACGUAACGGUCUUCAAGCAGUAAUUGACUUGACAGCCGAAGGAAAAUCGAAGGCAUCAAUUGGGAUGGGGCAUUUAAUUACGCUGAAAGCUCAUGUUGAACUUCCUCCUGGAGUUGGAUCAGUCACCUCUGUGGAGUGGGAUUUUGAAGGUAGUGGCUAUUUCGUCAAAGGUGGCUUUGACAAGGGAAAGACGUCAAUGGAGGUGACUGUUUCGACCAAGUUCAAUCGAGUAGGAGUCUACUACCCUGCAGUUCGCGUUGGGGUCCACCGGGACGGAAAUACUAAGUCAGCUUAUGCCCAGGUCCUAAAUCUUGGCCGGAUGAGAAUUACGGUUCAUUAG